AUGUGUCCCAAAAGACGUAAACUAGAGUACGGCGAGGCGUCCAGCGAUGACCUGAGCUCGGACUGGGGCUCGGAAUCGGAAUCCGAUUCUAAACAUAUACCAAAACCAAAGAUCUCCGCGUGGAGGAAAGUCCGCUCUCUCGUCACCUCUCCAUUCAUACAGACAUAUAAGAAACAAAAGUAUCCAUGGGUUCAGUUGGCCGGACAUCAAGGGAACUUUCUUUGCGGGCAAACGCAGGGAACUAUUCUUAAGAAACUGAACGGAACUGAAGAAACGUGUUUUAAGCUAAUCACGAAUGAUGUCAUCAAACCUUUGGUUCCCGAAUACCUGAAGACGAUUAAUAUGAAUAACGAUUCAUUCCUUGAACUCGAAGACCUUUUAGCAAAGUUUGAGAAUCCGUCGAUUAUGGACGUGAAGAUGGGAGUCCGCACUUACUUAGAGGACGAGUUAACUAAAGCCAGAGUUAGGCCUAAACUUCGAAAAGAUAUGUACGAAAAGAUGAUAGCAAUCGAUCCGUUAGAACCCACUGAAGAGGAGAAUACGCUAAAAGCAGUGACAAAACCCCGAUAUAUGAUAUGGAGAGAAACCAUUAGUUCCACAGCUAGUCUUGGCUUCAGAAUCGAAGGCAUCAAACAAUCAAAUGGCAAAGCAUUGAAAGAUUUUAAACGAACCAAAACUGAGGACAACGUGAAGACAGCGUUCAGACGUUUUAUGGAAAGCCAUCCGCACUAUGGGAUAAUCGGCAGUUCCCUUCUGUUUGUUCACGACGACAAAUGCGCUGACAUUUGGUUAAUAGAUUUCGCCAAAACAUAUCCACUACCGAAUGGCAUACGAAUCAGUCAUUGCAAUGAAUGGCAGGUCGGCAACCAUGAGGACGGAUAUCUCAUUGGACUCGAAAACCUCAUCCGAAUCUUUACUAACAUUUAAUUUAUUUAAAACCAUUGAUUUGUUGAC